ACGAGGUGCAUCACGUCAGGGGACGUAUGAUGGCUCGUGGAGGCCGUUGCUAUCAGAAGCGGGAGUGUUUCGCUCUGUUUGACGCUGUUGUUUCAAAAAUUUCGUACUCGCUGGUGAUGAUGUUUUUCCUGCGACAUGAUGUCUACCACAGGCCAACCCCAACACCAGGUGGGCACGAAUUUACCGAAUUUUAGCCGGCAUCACGUGCACCCCAGUACGAAGAUCCAGGCCUCCGCUCCUGGGGUCCUACUUGUUACAUUCAUCAAUCCGCCCCAGGCCGAACCUGGCGCCAUCGCAAACCGCGUCGCAGCUGAGCGAUAUGUGAAGAAUUUUGGGUAGGCUACCCAUUCGAUGUGCUCGUGGAGGCAGUGAGGCUCGCCCGACGCGUGCCACUCCUGCACGAUGUAUUCGCCGUCACUUCAUAUAGACCAACGCCAUGACCACAACUCCUUGGAACAACGCGCCCUCCCCCUCCUCACCGUCGAAGACGUUGCGCCCGCCACGCCGACUACACCCAUCGCCAAACAGAUGGCGGCCACUUCAGGCCAGAUGGAUCCAGCAACGAGCGCUUCCCAUGUUGCAGCCUUGGCACGCAGGGCGAUGAAAGAAGCUCUCGACAGGGGAAGAAGUCAAGAGGCUGGGGUCAACGACAUGGAACCAGCAUCAGCCUCUGGCAUCACUGUCGAUCUGAGCCAUCAGAACAUCCGUUCAUUCCCGGAAGAGGUUGUGGAUAUAGUUAAGGAUCGUGUUGAACGCCUUGCGUUAUCCCACAAUCAACUUUCAGAUCUGCCAGUCCGAAUAUCUGACUGCCUGUCUUUGCGCUAUCUCAAUAUAAGGGCGAACAGCUUCGACAAGUUUCCGCCACCUCUUUGCGGAAUUCGAUCACUCGAAAUUCUCGAUCUGGGUCGCAAUGCGCUGCAGUGCAUUCCAUACGAAAUCAAGAAGCUCUCGGCGCUGAAGGUUCUCUCUGUCCAAAAGAAUCAGAUCCGCCAUCUUCCAGUUUGUCUCGCAGAGAUGAGCUCCCUUCAAGUGCUGAAGUUCAAUGACAACCCGAUCUCUUUUCCUCCGGCAGAUGUUUUGUGUCUAGGAAGUUCACACCAUGGUUUAAGAGAAGGUGAAGUUUCUGAAGUUUCUCUGACGGCUCAUAUAAAAACAUGGCUAAAAAGGUUCGCGACGAAUGAGCGGGCCAGAGUGCCGGAAGAUGAGGCCACAGAAGGUACUGAAACGUCACGACUAACCGCAAAACGUACUACGCCGGGCCGAUUUCCAGUCAAGGUCAACGGAAACGACUUGGCAACAAUACGCUCCCCGAACAAGCCUGCACCUCCACUACCUACGAGAUCACAUUAUCGAGUUUUAUCCCAACAGAAUGCAGCAGCUCGCCGACCAAGCGUCUUGCCAUUAAUCAUUGGUCAAACCAAUGAUAGGCUUCGCAGUAACUCAGAAAACAUUUUGAGUGCCGCUCGAACAGGUUUGCGGGCUCGCCGAAAGGGGGUAGUACCUAAGCAACUUCACGAGGCUCUUCCAGUGGGACAAACUAUACGACCGAACCACUAUCGGUUCCUUAGCCAUGGGUCAGCUACGCAGGGCAGCCUCGCAGACCAAGGUCCGACAACACCUACCGAGCCAUAUCUACAGCGUCCGGUGUACAUCCGCCGACUUUCGGUCCUCCCAGAGCACCGAAGCGAUUCAACAGUCGUUCAUCCAAUCGUGGAGGCCGCGGAAGGUAUCCUCCACUCUGUCUUUCAGGUCCAUCCGGCCAUACAGUCUCUUCUUUCUUUAACGAACGAUGAAUUUCGAAGACGGUCCAGCCUUCAAGUCGUCUUUUACAAUGCAAGUUCUCACGUGGAGGACUUAGAACAGGAAAUUGGCAGGUACAACACAUCAGGCGGCGAGCAUGGCAACCACGUGCUCGGCGCAUAUCGCGCGUGCCAGACUUUGAUCAGUGCAUACGGCCAUGUGUGCACACUAUUGGUCAGUCAUGCCGACUCCCUUGUGGACAACGGGAAUUCACGAUACACUCGAUCACUACUGCUACAUAUGUACAAUAGUAUCAUGGAGAUACGCGCUACUCUCCUGUCACUAUCUGAAUACGCGCUCAACGGGCCUGGAAAGAGGACUGUGGAAACUUUUAGCGACACCAUCCAGCCGGAAUAUCGGCAGCGUCUCGCAACUGAAACCAAUGUGAACGGUUUCGGGUCUCUGGUGGGGAAGGACCCAAACGCUACUGUGUCUCUGCGAGCGACCCAGCCAUUUCCGUCUCCUGUUCGGUCAUCUCAACUACCAUGGAAUAACUCCCAAGUGAAUGCCGCAGUUCUACGGUCACAAUUUCGCCAAAUAUGCGCCUCCCUGUCGGACUGCGCUCACACAAUCCUCCGAAUUCUCCCUGGGCUGACGUCUCAGCUGACACAACAGCUUGGCGAUACCCGCAUCGGCCGCCAUCAUGAUUGGAAGCACCUCAUUGGCAUGUGCACGGAUACAAUUUCGCGGUCCGGGGUGCUGAGCGACAUAUUCCCGAGCAGGAAAGAGCAAUUCGCAGACUUUGGCACCGAGAACUCUUUUUGGCAUAUAUCCGCAAGGUUCAUUAGGUCCUGGGCGGCUUUGAUUGAAUUUAUGGCGACUUUCGAUCGAAACGUUUUUCCACGAGACACCGGAGCAAGAUUAAAGCCGAUACAACAGAAGAUGAAGGCGGCGACACAAAUGAUUGUCCAAUCUCCGUGGUCUGAUCUGUUUGCGCAGUCUAACCUUGGCCUUGAGAGUCCCCCGCCAAUACCGAUAACCCCACAAAGCGCCACUCUGGGGCCGGCUUUGCAAGCAACGGUGCCAUCUACUUCAACGAAUGCGUCGUUCGCGGCCGUUUUUCACGGAAAUGUGUUCGAACGCGCUGACACCCUUCUUGCGAACCCUGGUAUCUCGCUUUCGAGGGGGACCAUGCGUCGAAAGCACGACAAUGGGAACUCGCAGUCGUCUAGUUCAUCGUUCUCGUCGGGCGAUGCUCGGAAAUAGCCAGGUUUUUGAUAUCGUUCUUGCAAUGUAUGAGACUAGUGUAUACUACAACCAGCUGGGGGCAGGCAGAUCUAAUGUUUCGGCGGAGGUCCACAUCGCAAGAUCUCUCUUGUUUGUCCGUGAAGAACACAACAGAUCCCUAAACAGUCAUUGCGCAAAUUGUGUCUGGGCGUUUAUGAUGCGAAUUAAGGUGCACGAUUUAUGCCCCCGGCCCGGGAAAGUCAAACAUCGCGCUUAAUUAAUGAGCGGAAUGGCCCGAACGAGUACAUGCUGUAUCUUAGGUAAUGCAUUUUGCCGAGCGUGUCACUGUCGAUUCCAUCUUCCUGCCGCCGCUUUUUAUUCCUCGUCAAAAAAGUCGUCAAGCGCAUUCAACACGGUUUCUUUCUUGUGAGCUUGGAAUCACUAGGGAGGGGUCAAAGGCGAGAGCUCACGGGGUCUGAAAUAGAAGGCAAAGGUGCU